CACAAUCGCUGCAACCGACAACAGCAGCAGCACAACGCGCACACAAACACACCUCUCCCCACACCAUCACCACGCUCCUCACCCCACCCAAGCACAACUUGCAGCUCACACAUCACAACAACAUCACCGGCAACACCGAACGCCAACAACUAACACGCCCACAGAUCGGCCCUUUCUUUGCUUUGUCAAGCCAAGAGAGCGGUGCUGUUGUGCCUUGGGUUGCGGCAGAGCCAUGCCGCCGCCAGCACCGAAUGAUGGCACCACCACCAACAACCCCACAAGCAGCAACAAUGGCCGCAGGGUCGGGCGUAUCUUGUCGAACAUGACGGGUGAGACCAUCGUGCCCGACAGGCUGGCCACAUCAUCGACAGGCACCGUGCCGUCGCUGGCUCGCCUAUGCACGCGCUUGCUGGCACACAUUGCCAUCUCGGAGCUGAGCCAGUCAGCAGAAGCACGAACACUGCUCGAGCAGCUGCGCAACCAGCCGGCGCUCGACGUCAUCGAAGAGAUCCACGACAGAGGAAAGGCUUGUCGAAGCCUUGCGCCGCUGUCGACCCCACUCGACGACAGGGCCAUGAAGACCAUCAUGCCUCGUUGGAACACGUACACCCCAUCGCAGCUCGCUGCCUGCCACCAGAAUUUCUUCUCCACCCACACCAUCAGCCACUCGGACAUGGACAUCUUCAAGCCGCUGUGGAAGCUGCUGCCGCCGUCGUGUGCGUUUGUGGACUUUGCCCGCGAAAGCGGCCACGUGCGGCGCCGCAAUGCGCAGAAGGAACUGCAGGACGAGCAGUUGCGCUCGCGCGUGUUCCAGGAGGCCGAGGAGCAGCACGCAGAGGCGCAGCGCAAGCAUGAAGAGUACUACUUGCGCCGCCAGAAACAACACCGCACAACUGUCGGUGGUGGUGACGCCAGUGCUCGUGUCGACAUCACAAGAACAGCUGGCACCAACACCACCACAACCACCGCUGCAGUCAACAAUCAGAUGGCCACGGAAGAGGACGAACCAGCACCAACACCAGCACCAGCACCAGCACGCAAUGGUGGUGGGGGUCAUGGUGCCACUGCUCACCAAGGGCGCAGCACGGACGUCGGUCAGGGUGCUGGUAGUGAGCAGUGGCCAGUGGGUAUCGUGCAACGCACCCGCAACAGCAGACUGAGUGCAGAGGAGAGCGCAUCUCCAUCUCGACCAGCCAGCGCCAGCGCCAGCAUAGCCGCGGGGACCACGUCGUCGCGUCGCCGAGCCAUGUCCGCACAGGCCGGCGAUCCCUAUGCACCACCGCCAUCGCCAUCGCCAACCCGAGCGACCGUGACACCAGCGACGGUGACGGUGGUGACGACAACUGCACCGCGGCGGGCGACUCACGCACCAGCCGGUAAUGCCCUGUCACGCUCAUCGCAAGCAGAGGUGCCUGUUGCAGGCGCCACUCGUCAGCGCAUGGUAUGUGAUGGCGACUAUGGCUACGGCUACGACGAUGAUGAUGACUACUACGAUGAUGAUGACGACGAGUACUAUGAUGAUGACGACGACGAUGACGACGAUGAUUGUGACAGUCGUGAUGGAGACGGCAGGUCCGGCCGUGACGGUGAUGGGAGCGACGAGGAUGACGGCCCUGUGUUCCAGCUCAUCGGCGCCUCUGCAGAGUCGUGUCGCGACGAGGAGGCUCUAGCUGUGCUGUGCAGGGCCCUCGCCUACGAUGAUGCCUGCAGGCAAGGCUUCCGUACGAAGCACCGGCGUGCAAUGCAAGCGGGGUUGUCCGCUUCGAUGUCGGCGUCGACAACAGCGUCAACUGCAACACCCGUCACCCCCGGCGAGCUGGCUGAUGGUGGCGAUGGUGGUGCUGUCGACAACGGUGACAAUGCCAGUGGCCGCGGUGGGAAUACAGCCAUGGAUGCAACCCCAGACCGCCCCGACGACGACGACGAUGACGACGACGACGAUGGUGACGGUGGUGAUGGUGAUGGUGAUGAUGAUGAUGAUGAUGACGGCCGAGGCGGCAAUGCUGGGGACGCGAGUGGCGUCAGCGAGCAUGAAGGACACCACGGCACUGCCUCUGCCGGUCGCAUGACAGCGUCCCGUGGCGGCCCAUCAGCAACAGCAACAGCAGCAGCGAGCAGCAGCAGCGCUGGACGCGCUCGUACCGUCAGCAGCGGCAGUGGCGGAAAACGGAGUGGUGCCUGCAGGCAUGAUGACGAUUACCGCACAGACACUGGCGAUCGUGUCGAUACAGCAGCGGAUGCCGUCAUGCACGACCACGGCCGAGGCGAUGGCGCGGUGGCUACUGCUGCUACUGCCGCUGCUGCUGCUCAUGAUGAUGACGAUGGUGAUGAUGACGAUGGAGACGGGGACGAUCAAGGUGGUGUUGGUCGACGCGGGGAGGAAGGCGGAAGCGACACGAGUCGGCUUGCGGCGCAGCUGGAGACGACAACGCUUCCUGUGAAGAUCCGCAAGACGGUCGGUAGUGGUCGUGCGCCUUCGCGCCCGCAGCCGCAACACCAACAAGUACAGCAGCCACAACAGCAGUCACAAGCACAGCAGCCACAGCAGCCACAGCAGCCACAAGCACAGCAGCAACCUCAACAGCAGCCACAGCAGUCACAAGCACAGCAGCAACCUCAACAGCAGCCGGAACAACUGCAGGCGAGUGAGGCCACAGCAGAGCGUGUGCAAGCACAUGAGCACGUUGAUGAUGUAAUUGUGUGGUGGGACGGAGUGGAUAUGCGCACCACCAUCUAUCCGUCAGAGCGCCGCGUUCGCACUCUCCUCAAGGGGCGCCGCUAUUCGUUCACGGAGAGGCAGGUGUUCUCGGAGGUGCACCUGCACUACUGCAAGGAUCUGAAGCGGCAGGGUCUCUCGGCACUCGUUGACCAUCCCAUCAUUGCCUUCUCUUUCACACACGCGCGCCUCAGUACCACGUUCUUCUACCGGGCAACACUCAACUGGUCCGAGUCCCUCGGGUAUCUUGACAUCACCAGCUGCGGCGGUGUCAGGAACGACCAGAUUUACCACGCCAUCGCAAACCUCCAUGCCCUUCGUGUCCUCAACAUCAGCGACACAAAGAUCCGGGCUCUUCCUCCACUCCGUCGGCUUGAAGUCCUCCACGCAGAGGGAACGCGCCUCAACACGCAAGAGGUGAUUACGCUGGCACAGCAUUCGCGGUACCUGCGAGAGCUGUAUGUUCAGCUGACGGACGUUGGUGUGGACGUGAUCAGUGCACUGUGCAUCAUGCCAAACCUCGAAGCCCUCGGCCUCGCUGCUGCUCCAGGGUUUUCCAUCCACACACAGGGCACCGUGUUUGAUGCUGCCCACGCAACGCGCGUGCACAACUUCUUUGACCGCCACAUCUUCGACCUCUCCACGAAGAAGCUGCGGUGGCUCGACGUCUCCUUUACAUCAGCACCCGUCGGCUUUGUGCAGCGGGUGGCUGAGCGGUUUCCGACGCUGGAGUACCUCGGGGUGUUUGGCACAGCGGCACAGGACGCCGUGCCCGCAGCCAUCCCGCGCCCGCUCACCGUCGGCUGCUCAACACGCACCAGGGCUGAGGUGACGACGGCAUAUCUGCAGACACCGCUGUGCAUGCCGAGCAUUGAGCUGCAGGCGCUGCUGCGGGCGGUGUAUGUGGUGCUCCCGCGCAACGGCGACAGAGAAGAGAUGCGCGGAGCAACACACGACCCUCUCCUCCAGCGGCUGGUGGACACGUUGUGGUACCGCAUGGAGGACACGCCGCUCGUCCUCGUCAUCACUGCGGUGCUGUACUAUGUGCUGCUCCACCGCGACCCCGAGCGCCACCUUGCGCGCGUCCGCCGUGAUGCCCUGUGCGCUCUCAAGCGAACCCUGUGUGUCCACAGCAACGAGGAGCAGAUUGUCAAGAACAUUUGUCUGUCCCUCCAGAACUUUGAAGUCUGGAGCGAGCUGUCGGAGUUUGCGCUUGAGCUGGCGUCCACACUGACCGGCGCAGCAGAGACGUUUACGGACAACACAAUUCGCAGCUUUGCGCUGCUGAUUGUUUCCCGCGAGAUUGCGACGCUGUCGCACCCGAUUCGCCUCAAGCUUGUUGGCCAAGAGGACAUCAUGAACAGAAUGCUGGUGUUGAUCGACUCCACCAUUCAGCGGCUGCCCGAACAAAACAGAGAUCUGCUGUUGCAGCAGGUGCAGCACUGCUGGCUGUUUAUGUGGAACAUUACAGAUGAGUCCCCGGCCAUCUGCCGCCUUGCCCUCGCCGACCCAGACUGCAUCCGCCUUCUCCGCGUAACCAUGCAGGCUGACUGGGCGGGGCAGCCCACGGUGCACAACAUCAUGGGUUUCCUGGCGAAUGUGUCGGAGGUGCCGGAGUUGCGCCCGCGCUUCUUCGAGCUCAACCUCGUCUCCCUCAUUGUGGACGCCAUCACCCGCCACACGGGCCAAGGGCUGGCGGUGACGUACAAUGCGACUGGCAUCAUCUGCCACCUGGCCACGCACGUGACAUUGUGGGAAGGCCACGACCCUUCGCUCGAAACGGCGCUGGAGGCUGUGCGCACAUGCAUCGAUGAAUGGUCCAUCACCACAUCAAGCCAGAUCAAUUACAGGGGUAACGCCGUCCCUUUCAGCGUCGGCAGAAAAAUUGAUUUCAAAGGAGGCAACCCCAAGGUUUCCGUCCUACAGAAAAGGUGA